CGCCAUUUCUGUUUUAUUACUUUUAUUCUAAUACCUAUUUAGAUAUUAUAAAGUCGUUGUUUAUUCCUGGCUAGUAUAAAUUAAAAUAUGGCAAGCACAGUGCUGAAUGCUGUUAGCGAAAGAAGGCUUAGGCCAAUUUAUGAACUACUUGAUAAUGGGAACUACAAAAAGGCUUGCCAUGAGACUGAAAAGGUCUUAAAGAAACAAAAAGAUCUCAUAGCAGCUAAAGUUUUAAAAACCAUAGCUCUACACCGCAUGGGAAAGGAGGAAGAAGCAUUUGAUCUUUCGAAUGAAAUCGCAAUGGAAGCUCCAACUGAUGAGAACAGUUUACAAGGACUUAGUCUUUACUACAAAGAAAUACAUAGAACUGAUCUCAUAUGCCCAUUGUAUGAAAACGCUGUUCGUUUAUGUCCUGGCAACGAGGAAUAUUUGACUCACUUAUUCAUGGCUUAUGUUCGACAUGAGAAGUUUCAAGAAAUGCAGAGGGUGGCUAUGCUCUUAUACAAGCAACACCCAAAGAAUCCGUAUUUAUUUUGGGGGAUCAUGGGUAUUGUGCUACAGGCUGAAAACACAACGGACAAAAACUUGGCAACAAAAAUGUAUCUUCCACUUGCUGAGAAGAUGGUUGAGAAGCAUGUUACGGCUGGAAAGAUUGAAGCUGAAGCAGAAGUUAAGUUGUAUUUGAUGAUCCUUGAUUUGAUGGGAAAACAUGAAAAAGCUCUGGAAGUUGUCAAUGGGGAACUUGGAGGAAAGCUUAUAUCGGAUAUAGGUGGGCGUCCAGCAGCGCUGCUAGAGGUUCAAAAGAAAUUAGAAAACUGGGAGUUUGUGAACGAAGAGAACAAGAAACUGCUGAAACAAAAACCUGAUGUUUGGAAUUACGCGCUCGAUUAUUUAGAUUCCUUAUUUCAUCUGCUCGACAUUGAACGUGGGAGUUUAAAUGAAGAAAACAACUUUAAUGAGUGGGCAGAGACAAGCACAAGACUGCAGGAAGGGAUUCAGUUUAUUCUUAAUCUUAUCACGGAAGAAAAUGCUCUACUUGAUUGGAAGAGAAGAGGACCUUAUCUUCUUCGCUUGGAGAUGUUGAAGAGAAUGAAAGAUCGCUUCGGAAAUCUUCGAGAUUCUUGCUUUGGCCCUGCUAAACAACUCUGCUUGGAAUAUGCACUUGAUUUCUCUCCAAAACCUUUUUGUUUUUCCGAUUUGAAACCAUAUAUUUCGCUUUUAUCUGAUGAAGAAAAAAUUCAGUUUCUAGCUGAGUUGAAAGAUCAACAAUCUUCCCUAACGUCAAGUGAAAUGAAUGGGGUUUGUGACGAAAAUUUAAAAAGUGAAAUUAUGAAAAAAAAGGCAAAAGAAAUUCAGCGCCAUGUAUUUACUGUGGAAGCCGCAAGGUAUCUUGGCGAACACGAAAAAUUAUCAAGUUCCGAAAAAUUUAUUCUCGCCCAAGAUUUUCUGCAGAAGCAUGAAGCUGGUUUGAAACACGUUGCUGACCGUCCCCCAACAGACGCAUGUCCCGUAGAUUCAUAUUGUGUGCUUGCUGCAAGACUGAUGAUGGAUAUUUAUUCAGAUACAGGAGAUACAUUAUACCUAUGGAGAUGUGCUUAUGUGCUUGAAUAUGGUAUACAACACAGCAAGUAUAAUUAUGAAAUGAAGUUAAUGUUAAUUAAAGUGUAUUGUACGCUGGGUGCUUUCUCACCUUGUGCUGACCUUUAUGAUUCAAUGGAAGUGAAACACAUGCAGCAAGACACAUUAGGAUACACCGUAUGUCGUCAUGUAGUUUCCCUCGGUCACUACCACCACGCCUCCCAAGUAUUCCAGAUGGCUCGGAACUUUUACACCAACAAUAACAAGGAGUCACUUGAAUGUCUUAUCACAUGUUUUAGGAACGGAACAUUUUACAAGGUUUCAGAGUUUGUAAAAUACAGGAGAAGAAUUCAUAAAUCGUAUCACGCUGCUUAUGUACAAACUGAACAUUUACUGAUGGACUUAUUCACACAGGGUGAUAUAGACCAACCAGUAACUGCCCUUCUUACAAGUGACAUCAAACCCAUUGACUACAACACGCUGGUUGACAACAGAGAUCUUAAAGUAGUUAGCGAUGUCAGUUCAAAAGAAAAACGAGUAAGUGAGGGAAUGAUUAAGAAAAGUUUCGAACACGAAAAAAAUUGGUUGGCUUUCCGAGAUUUCCUCCUGCGUUGUAUGUAUUCUGUGUUGAUAAGAGAUCAGGAUCAAACACAUAAUGGAUGUUGCUGCCAUUGUGGUCCUGAGUCCAUCCUUCCAACAUUAAUCGCACAAUUCGAAACCUUUUGUUCAACUCUAUAUAAGUCUGAUAUUGAAGACUACCCGAUGCUAGGUCCGAAUACAACUAGAAUAAAACUUUCCAUUGAAUCCAAUUAUCCAAGGAUGAUGCUUUUGGUGUUCAAGUUUUGUUGCGACUUCAUCAACUUAAAGAGCAAUCCUGACCUGGAAUCUCAACUUUUCAAUAACUUGACAUCAGCCAUACAAUUACUACAAGAAUAUGUUGCAACUUGUAAAGGAGGUAUUUAUUCAAAUGCAAAUCAUGAUGAAACCGACCAAUCAAAUGAAAGCAGUAAAACUGGUUUGAACCAGUCGGUACCGGAUGCAAUCAUAAAUAUAAAUCCUUCCUUUGUUGAAAGGUUGGUUAUCUGCACGGAGAUGUUCAGUAUAUGUGUGUUGCUCAUAACACGACUUAAAACUGUGGUUACUGAAGUAAAGAUGGAUCUACAACGACAGAAAAGAAGGAAAAAAGGAAAACAAACUAACUCCCCAUUGCCAGCCUGGGUCAGUGGUUACCAAUCUGCCAUCUCUAGAUACAAUGACAUUGGUGAUGCUUUAGUUGGUGAGGUAAAGAAGAUGAAACAAGAUGUGGAAGAAAGGAUGUUGGAUCUGGGAGGACUUGAGAUCAAAGAUAAGGAAGAAGAGAAGACUCCUGCAUCUUCUGAGACCAAAGAAGAUUAUUGUGUUCAAACAAAUGGCACUGUGACAUCAGUUGAUAAGUUAUAUCAAAAGAUUAUGAAGAACUCUUUAGAAAGUUAUUCAGUGUCUUGUAAACAAAUGCUUUUUGUGUUGGAAGGCAGGAUGAAAAAUUUAAAGGAAACUUCUAAAGUUUAACGAAAGGUUUCAAAUUUGUCAAAUUUGUUGCAAUGAAUUACCUUGGCUUGAGUUAUGCUGUUUAAGUUUCAUAUCAUGGAAAGUAUGAGCUGAAAUAUUCACAUUAUGUGUUGAAUGUACUUUAUUCAUUGCAGUUAAGUUGAAAUUCUGAAUUGUUUAUCUGUGUCUGGGCUUUUAUGCGAAACUUUUAUUAAAUUAAUUACGUAAAUUGGA